AUGCCUUCCACCUACAAGAGGGACAAGCCGUGGGACACGGAUGACAUUGACAAGUGGAAGGUCGAACCCUUCCAAGCCGAAGACAAUGUCGCCGGUAGUUUCGCUGAAGAAUCUUCCUUCGCCACUCUUUUCCCCAAGUACCGUGAAGUCUACCUGAAGGAAGCAUGGCCCGUGGUGACAAGAGCGCUCGAGAAAUUCGGUAUUGCCUGCACGCUGGAUUUGGUCGAGGGUAGCAUGACAGUCAAGACGACCCGAAAGACGUUUGAUCCUGCUGCGAUUCUCAAGGCCCGUGACUUGAUCAAGCUGUUGUCGAGAAGUGUGCCGGUGCAACAGGCCCUCAAAAUCCUCGAAGACGACGUCGCAUGCGACAUCAUCAAGAUCCGCAACCAAGUCCGCAACAAGGAGCGCUUCGUUAAGCGUCGUCAACGCAUUCUCGGUCCCGGUGGAUCCACCCUGAAAGCCUUGGAGCUGCUCACAAGCACCUACAUCCUGGUCCAGGGUAACACGGUCUCCGCCAUGGGCCCCUACAAGGGUCUCAAGGAAGUCCGUCGCAUCAUCAACGACUGCAUGGCCAACAUCCACCCGAUCUACCACAUUAAGGAACUCAUGAUCAAGCGCGAAUUGGCCAAGGACCCGACCCUGGCGAACGAAUCCUGGGACCGCUUCCUGCCUAACUUCAAGAAGCGCACGCUGUCCAAGCGUCGCGUGCCGUUCAAGGUCACCGACAAGACGAAGAAGGUGUACACUCCUUUCCCGCCGGCGCCGGAGAAGAGCAAGGUGGAUCUCCAGAUCGAGUCGGGCGAGUACUUCCUGUCCAAGGAGGCGAAGGAUCGGCAGCAGAAGGAGGAGGUCAUGGAGAGACAGCGGUUGAAGCGCGAAGAGAAGAUGAAGGAGCGCGAGAAGGCGUUCGUGCCGCCCGAGGAGCUGGACGCAGAGGAGAAGAAGAAGGAAAAGAAGGAGAAGAAGGAGAAGAAAGAGAAGAAGAAGCGGAAGCGCGAUUCCGAGGCCGCGGAUGUAGAUGGCGACGAUGGUGCCGAGAAGAAGGAAAAGAAGAAGAAGAAGAAGUCCAAGUCGAAAGAGGAUGCGUCGGAUGGAGAGGCGUGA